AUGCGCUUCCAAACUGGAGUCAACCUCGCCAUACUUUCGGCCCUCAGCGUGGUCCCUGUCGCUGAGUGUACAGUUGACACCGCACUGAAGAUUGUCAGUAGUGUCGGCGAAGUCGCUGCCGCCGCUCACGCUAUCAAGCAGAUAUGGGCUCGUGAGGUGACAGCCGAGGGCGACUUCGCCUUGACUGCUGAGCUUGAGACAGUCACUCCCGAGAUCUCUCUCGAGGGACGCGCCAAGCCAUGUAUUAGCGUCCCUGCCGGCGUGCCUUCUAACGUCGUGGAGAACUGCUGCGCGGCGCUCUCUGGCAAAUAUCUCUACAUUUCCGGAUGGAAAUCUACUAAGAAAAUCCGUGUUACGGGUAUUCCCUAUGCGUGCAUCUCGGCUGCUCCCUGGUUUGAUGGGACUGGAGUUGUUCCCUACGCCUGCGGAGAUUCUUGUCUGGAGUGGGCUGGCCUUUCGAGCGCUGAUUUCACUGCCGUUGCGAACGCUUUUAGCUUCUAA